UUUAUCCCUUCCACUAUCUGCCGUCGUCACGCUUUUUUAUGGUUACUCCGACGUGGCACUUCACACACACAAACACACCUACAUAUAUGUGUGUAUAUAUAUAUAUAUCGAUAGACAUAUUUUUGGUUACAAGCUGAGUAAUAAACGCAAGGGUGCGAAAUUUUGCAUCUACAUUUUCUGAUCCUUUUCCGACGCACCCACCCCACCGGUUCUCGCCUUCUCCGGCAUCCCACAUUUUCACGCACUAAUUAAUAUGGCGGAGGAGAGGCGGGUUUUGGCGGUGGUUGAGGAGGAGGAGGAUAUCGAUGAACAAUUGGUGGUGGAGGAGGAGGAUAUGGGCUCCAGCUUGACCCUCGAACGCGCCGCUGCCGCCAAAAAAUACAUCGAGAACCAUUACAAAACCCAUAUGAAACGAAUGCAGGAACGCAGACAAAGGCGCCAACUGCUCGAAAAAAUGCUAGCUAAUUCGGGUGUAUCAGAAGAAGAGCAGAUGAAUUUUCUCAAGGAUUUGGAGCGCAAAGAGACAGAGUACAUGCGGCUGAAGCGUAACAAGAUUUCCGUCGACGAUUUCGAGCUCUUAACCAUAAUAGGCAGAGGAGCGUUUGGAGAGGUUCGAUUGUGCCGGGAGAAAGUAACUGGCAAUAUAUACGCAAUGAAGAAGUUGAAGAAGUCGGAAAUGCUUCAAAAGGGGCAGGUUGAACACGUAAAAGCCGAAAGGAAUUUGUUAGCUGAAGUUGCGAGCGAAUACAUAGUGAAACUUUAUUGUUCGUUUCAAGAUGCGGAUUACUUGUACCUGGUUAUGGAAUAUCUACCUGGUGGUGAUUUGAUGACUUUGCUGAUGAGAGAGGAAACCUUAACCGAAACCGUCGCAAGAUUUUACAUCGCGCAAACUGUUCUGUCGAUAGAAUCUAUUCACCGGCACAACUACGUCCACAGGGAUAUUAAACCCGACAACCUUCUUUUGGACAAGAAUGGUCACAUGAGGCUGUCCGAUUUCGGUCUUUGUAAGCCUCUAGAUUGUUCGAAUUUGUAUCCUGCAAAUGGGAAUGAACCAACCAAUGGAGAGAAUCAGAGAGGAUUGGUCGAUGGAAACGGAUGCUUUCCCGAUAAAGGCGAUGGAAGCCUUUGGAAGAGUCCUCGUGAACAACUUCAGCAUUGGCAAAAGAACCGAAGAACACAGGCAUUUUCGACGGUUGGCACGCCUGAUUAUAUUGCGCCCGAAGUAUUACUUAAGAAAGGAUAUGGGAUUGAGUGUGACUGGUUAGUUUCUUCACACAGAGUAUUGGUUCGGUUUAUUUAUAUCUUUUGUUUUUAUGAGGAGCUUUGUUGCAGGUGGUCACUUGGUGCCAUUUUGUACGAGAUGCUUUUUGGCUAUCCCCCGUUCUACUCUGAUGAUCCAAUAACAACAUGCAGAAAGAUUGUGCACUGGAGAAACCACCUAAAGUUUCCAAUGGAAGCAAGGGUAACUCCAGAAGCAAAAGACCUGAUCCGCAAGUUGCUUCGUGAUGUUGAUAAUAGAAUAGGUUCUCGUGGGGCCGACGAAAUAAAGAGUCAUCCGUGGUUCAAAGAUGUAAAGUGGGACAAACUUUACGAAAUGGAAGCAGCGUACAAACCGGAGGUCAAUGGUGAACUCGACACUCAGAAUUUUAUAAAAUACGAUGAGGUGGAUCCCCCGCCAGCAAAAUCUAGUUCCGGGGCCUGGCGGAAGUUGCGAAAUCCAAACGAUUUGAGUUUUGUUGGCUACACAUACAGAUUGUUCGAGCCCGUGAAAGGGUUAACUAAGUCUUCAGACAAGGCAAAUAGCACAUCACCCGAGCGUCUAUCAACAGAUUCCUCCCGGAGUGAUUCUGCGGUCGAUUAUUCCUCAAAUAACGCCACCGUUGAAGUGGAACUCCUAAAACGUACUUCAUCGGUCGAUACGUUUUCUCACUGAUGACCUAUAUAUUAUUGCAAUCUAAUAUUAUUGUAAUUAUAGUAUAGAGCAAUUUAAUUCCAGGGUGAUGUUUGUUUGUUAGUCAUAUGCUUUUAGUUGCAGUUUAUUUUUGGUCCCUAUGUAGAUAUAUAUCCAUAGAUGAACUCAGUCAGGACUCAGUAGCCUGGCUACUGCUUUUGCCCCCUUAUAAUUAAUAAAUCGUAAUUUAUAUCUAGAGUAAAUUACAACCACCUCGAGAGGUAUGAUCAAUUUACGA